AUGGAUCUCGCCGACUUGCCAUACACCAUCUUUGCCGAGAUCAUCUCGUACCUCGCCCCGCGCGAGGCCAUCGCCGCGCGGCGCCUGUCCCGGGCCGUCUACGCAGCGCUGACCCGUGACGAGCUGUGCAUCAGCCUGCUGCUGCACUAUUUCCCCCGCGCCAUCGAGUCCCGCGAACUGCGGCUUCUUCUGCGCCGCGGCGACCACGCCCUCCUCGACCGCGUGCCCUGGUCCCGCGCGCUGGCCGCGACCGCCCGCCGCUACCACCACCUCGGCACCGCGACGCCCCGCGUGACGGAAACGGUGCUCGCGCCCACGGCGGACAGGACCGACGACCACCUGCUGCGCGGCGUCACGCCCUGGCACCGCGUCCUGCGCCUCGACGACAAGACGGCCACCUUUCACUACUGGGACCCCUCGUGGACGUGCGACGCCGCCGCCGGCCUGCUCGUGCACCCGGUCGCGGGGCGGCGCUACGCCCUCCGGGACCUCGACACCGGUCGCACGUGGCCGGUGCCGUUUACGACCGAAGGCAGGAUGGUGCGGCGUGUGCGCCUGAACCACGACACCUUGAUCAUUGAGUGGUGCGAGAAGCAGGCUAUGCGCGAGGAUGCCGGCGCGCACCGCCACUAUGCCACGUUCUACGCCGUCGGGAGGGUACAGGGCAAGAGCGACGACCCCAGCCACCAAGAGGAGGAUCUGUACACGGUGAGAAAAUAUGCAAAGGAUAGACCCAGCAACGACGACAACGGAGAGGCGAGAGGGGCGGUAUGCGCCGUGACGUUUCGCGCGGAAUGGAAGAUUCACCGUCUCGGCCUCUUGCUGCGCCACCAGGACCGCUUCUUUUCUGCGCACAACAGCACACACUACGCAAUCUACAUAUGGCAGCCCUCGCGCUCGCCGUGGGGCGAGCACGAGCCGCGCGAGAGGCUCGUCAUCUGGGAGAUUGACGCCGCGGCGAUUGGCGGCGGCCCGCACAUUAUUGCGCAGCUGGCCGACCCGCAACUCGAUCACUGGGGCGUCCGGCAGCGCCGCACGCCCACGCUGCGAUGCCUCCGCCUCGACGACUGCACCUGGGAUCCCGCCACGCGCACCACCGUGGGACACGUCUUCUUCGUCGAGGAGGAGCACCGCUGGUCCGCCGGCCCCCACAGCAGCUCGACCCCGCCGCGGCUGCACCACGUCAAGUCAACCGGCAUCCCGCUGACCGGCGGCCCGCGCUGGGUCGAUGAGUGCGGCAAGGUCCAGCAGCCCGAUGUGAGCCAGAUGCAAUUUUGCUGGCGUGGCACCCGACCGCCCGGGGGCGGCGGCGGCGGCGGGCCCGGGGGCGGCGUUGUGGAUAUGGAGACGUGGGCCGGCCGGUGUCCGUGCUGGCGCCACGACGACUUUCCGUAUCUGACUGUCUGCGAGGCCAACGACGCCGCCGCCGGCGUGCGUUUCAGCGCCCGCCACUGCUUCAUGCUCGAGACGCUGUCCGUUCACAUCAAGCCCAGGCUGCGCAUCCACGGUGUCGCGCGACCCGCUGAGCCCCGCCCGCGCCGCCCAUCAUCGUCGUCCUCGUCAACGACAACAACAUCAAAGGCGAGCCGCAGCAAUCUCGUCAAGCAGGCGCAUAGCAGUAGUGCUGCAAGCAGAGAGGAACACCGACAGGGCGACGCCGACGAGCCGAUCGACGAGGAAAGCGACGAUAUGUCGGAUUGGUCGGCAGCGAUGACCCGAGAGGUUCAAUUCGAGGACGAUGCCUGGUCAAAGCUCCUCAACGCAGGAUACAUUUGCGGCGACGAGAGGUGGCUGGUUGGACAAAAUCCUCAUGGUUCCAUCACCAUUAUGCAUUUCUAA